AUGAAAGCAUUUACCUUCCUCUCCAUCCUGGCCCUAGCCUCCUCAGCAGCUGCCGUCGCCGUUGACAGCCGCGCAACUCUGCCGGGAUUUGCUGAGCGCGCUUGUGGCACUACCGGCGCUCCCUGUACCUCUGGUGACGACUGCUGCACCUACUGUGACCCGUAUUCCGGCUGGACGUGCACUGAUUCCACCAGCUAUUGUAUUGAGAAAGGCCAGGUUCCUGCUUUUGGCCAAAACGAUUGUUGCUCUAAGGCUGUUGACUCCACCGGAAAAUGCACUUAA